UUCUAUCCAAACGGUGCAAGUGGAACAGGCGUCAUAGAAAGAGAGGCAUGGACCAGAUUAGUUCUUCUACUCCUCCACCACAGCCAGCCACCUCCAGUACUGCCGCAGCCCAAAGAAGAAAUCGAGACACAUCGGUGGCGUCAAGAUUGAAGAAGGGUUGGCUAUGGUUCACUACCUCAUUCCGAGAGCGUAUUCGCUACAUCAAAGCCAUAUUUCUUGGCCAGACAAAGAAGAUGAUGGCGAAAGACGAGAAGGAAGCGACGGAAGCAGACCUACAGGCGGCCAAAAUGCAGGUUGAAGCAGCUGAUGAUGCUGAAAGGACCAAGAUGAAUCUUGAAAAAGCUUUCUAGCCUCUAAAUUGCAAGAUCGUGAUCGACUACUCUGGCGUUUGUUAGCGUCUUAGCGUCGACCAGAGGUUUGGGCCUGAGCGGGCUGGUGAGAAGUUGGGUUAUUGUGGGCUUUACUAUGUUACUCGUUGAGUCGUUGUAGGACACUACUCCGGUCUCCUUUCUUUUUUACUGGAGCUAGUGGUUUGGGCUUUAGCGGGCCCAUGUGAAGUUGGGCUGCUCUGGGCUUUACUAUCUUAUCUAUAAAUGUCUUGUAAUUAAUCCGCUUAAUUAGUUAACCACAGGCUAAGUUUAUCUAAAAUCCUGUU